CCUCCGCGAGUGGCGCCGGAGCCGCCGCCGCUUUACGUAAGGCGCAGGCCAGGGCCGCCCGGCGCUCGGCAGCCGCUCGGAACCCUCGGAGCGAGAGGAGGCGCCGCCGCCGGCCGCCGCGCCGCUCGGCAGGUUCCGCCGGAGAUUUACAUUUGGCCUCAAUGUGAAAUUAAAGUAGAAACUCGCACCUACUUGUAUGUUGCUGUCGCGAUGCGAAUUCAUUCAUUGGUCAUGCCUAAAGAGGGAAAGCUGUUCUAGACGGAUGACUGCCAGCAGAGCUCAAUGCUUCUCCUAGAUGUCAAGCUUCUCUCCUUUUUACUGGAGUGAAAAUCCCCUCCAGAUACCGCAGAACACCGACUACAGAAAAUGCUUCGCGGUCUGAGGAUGUCAGCAACCUAAAUUCAUGCGCCCUGUCGGGACAGUUGUCGUGGGUGGUUUACCAUCGGAAAGCUGCUCCAGCUCUUACCCAGGCCCUGGAUCUGUUUCUGAGAUGUCUCUGCUUCAUGCUUUGGGUCCAGUGCAGACCUGGCUGGGACAAGAGCUAGAGAAAUGUGGCAUCGAUGCCAUGAUUUAUACUCGUUACGUCCUCAGUCUUCUGCUGCAUGACAGCUAUGACUACGACCUGCAGGAACAGGAGAAUGACAUCUUCCUGGGCUGGGAAAAAGGAGCUUAUAAGAAAUGGGGGAAGAGUAAGAAAAAGUGCUCAGAUCUAACUCUGGAAGAAAUGAAAAAACAGGCUGCUGUCCAGUGUCUUCGAUCUGCUUCUGAUGAAAGCUCUGGCAUCGAGACCUUGGUGGAGGAGCUGUGCUCCCGACUGAAGGACCUUCAGAGUGAGCAAGAAGAGAAGAUUCACAAAAAGUUAGAGGGGUCUCCGUCUCCAGAGGCAGAAUUAUCCCCUACAGCAAAGGAUCAAGUGGAAAUGUACUAUGAAGCAUUUCCACCCCUUUCGGAGAAACCAGUUUGCCUGCAAGAGAUCAUGACGGUGUGGAACAAGUCCAAGGCCUCUUCUUACUCUAGCUCGUCGUCGUCGUCCUCGUCCACAGCCCCGCCCGCGAGCACAGACACGUCCUCCCCCAAGGACUGCAACAGCGAAGGUGAGGUUGGCAAGGAGCGAAGCGAUGGCCUGGCCACCACCACGCGCGACAAAGCCCAGAGCAGAAGUCAAAACGAGAAGGAGAGCAAAUUUAGCAGCGGCACAAGUGAAGAAAAGCCUGCCUUGUACAAAAAGCAAAUCCGACACAAAGCCGAAGGAAAGCUUCGCCCUCGUUCGUGGUCCUCCGGCUCCAGUGAAGCAGGUUCCAGUUCCAGUGGCAAUCAGGGGGAGUCAAAGGUACCCAUGAAGUGUGUGCAAGCGAGACACAAGACGCGCGAAAUCCGGAACAGAAAAGGGCGGAAUGGGCAGAGCAGGCUUUCCCUGAAGCCUGGAGAAAGGGCCGAGCGGCACGCUCACGCCGGCGGCAGCAGCAGCAGCAGCGGCAGCGGCGGUUCUGUGGGUCAGCUGUGCAAGCGGGGGAAGAGGCCGUUCAAGGACAUGGGGAGAAAAGACGCCGGGGGCACGGAGGGGAGAGACCUGUGCCUGGAGAGCAGGAACGACAGGGAGUACAAAGAGGAGCCGCUGUGGUACACCGAGCCCAUCGCUGAGUAUUUUGUUCCUCUGAGCAGGAGGAGUAAACUGGAGACCACGUACCGGAACAGACAGGACGCACGCAAUCCAACGGCAGAGGCGGUGGAAGAAUUGUCUGACUCAGUGCACGGUCUUUGUAUCAGCAACAAUAAUAUUCAUAAAACAUACCUCGCAGCAGGUACUUUCAUUGAUGGUCAUUUUGUAGAAAUGCCUGCAGUUAUCAAUGAGGGGCUUGACCUCACGGGGACCUCGUUCUGUUCUCUCCCGGAGGACAGCUAUGUGGAUGAUAUUCAUCUGUCAGAAUUCACACACUUCUAUGGAGUGGACAUUGAUCAAUCCAUGUUGGAUCCUGGUGCCUCAGAAACGAUGCAAGGAGAAAGUCGGAUUUUGAACAUGAUUCGACAAAAGAGCAAAGAGAACACAGAUUUUGAGGCAGAAUGUUGCAUAGUGUUAGAUGGAAUGGAGUUGCAAGGGGAACGUGCAAUGUGGACAGAGUCUCCCAGCACUGUGGGCGCCGAGGGCUUGUUCCUGCAGGGUCUCGGCAACCUGGCUCAGUUCUGGGAGUGCUGUUCGUCCAGCUCUGGCGACGCCGACGGGGAGAGUUUUGGGGGAGAUUCUCCGAGCAGACUCUCUCCCCUCUUAGACAGCACGGCGCUCACCCCGCAUUUGCUCGCUGGCAAUCAAGAGCUCUUUUCAGAUAUUCAUGAAGGAUCUGGUAUAAACUCUUGUUUUUCAGUGUUUGAAGUGCAAUGCAGUAAUUCUGUUUUACCAUUUUCUUUUGAAACACUCAGCUUGGGAAAUGAAAAUACAGAUUCUAGUGCUAACAUGCUUGGGAAAACACAGUCUAGAUUGCUAAUAUGGACCAAAAAUAGUGCCUUUGAAGAAAAUGAACACUGUUCUAAUCUUUCAACAAGAACUUGUAGCCCGUGGUCCCAUUCAGAAGAAACACGUUCGGAUAACGAGACAUUAAGUAUUCAGUUUGAAGAACCCACGCAGUUUAAUGCAGAAGAUAUUAAUUAUGUAGUUCCUAGAGUCUCGUCAAAUUAUGUAGAUGAAGAACUUCUAGAUUUCUUGCAAGAUGAAACUUGCCAGCAAAACAGUAGGACUUUAGGAGAAAUUCCUGCGUUAGUUUUCAAAAAAAAAUCUAAACUAGAAUCUGUCUGUGGUAUUCAGCUAGAACAAAAAACAGAAAACAAAACCUUUGAACCUACACAAGCGUGUCGUGAAAGCAGCCCGCACGGAGAUGGCUACAGCUCAGGGGUUAUUAAAGACAUUUGGACAAAGAUGGCAGAUGGAAAUUCUGUAGCGAUGGGAGAAGUAGAGAGAGUUGACGAUGAGUUGUUUUCGCCAGAUGUAAAUAACUACUGCUGCUGUCUGGAUGCUGAAGCUCAAAUGGAGCCCCUCCAGGAGCCCAGCAAGGCCGUGCAGAGGUCAGAAUAUCAUCUGUGGGAGGGGCAGAAAGAGAACCUGGAGAAAAGAGCUUUCGUUUCUGGUGAGCUCUCCAAGGUGGACGGUGGUGAUUAUACUACACCCUCCAAGCCCUGGGAUGUGGCCCAGGAGAAAGAGAACGCCUUCAUUCUUGGAGGAGUUUACGGAGAACUCAAGACCUUCAGUAGCGAUGGGGAAUGGGCCGUUGUCCCGCCCAGUCACACAAAAGGAAGUUUGUUGCAGUGUGCAGCUUCUGAUGUGGUGACGAUAGCUGGGACAGAUGUCUUUAUGACCCCAGGAAACAGUUUUGCUCCUGGUCACAGGCAGUUGUGGAAACCCUUCAUGUCAUUUGAACAGAAUGACCAGCCGAAGAGUGGGGAAAAUGGAUUAAACAAGGGAUUUUCUUUUAUCUUCCAUGAAGACUUACUAGGAGCUUGUAGUAACUUUCAAGUUGAAGAUCCUGGACUUGAAUAUUCAUUCUCUUCCUUUGACUUAAGCAAUCCAUUUUCACAAGUUCUUCACGUAGAAUGUUCAUUUGAACCCGAAGGGAUUGCAUCUUUCAGCCCUAGUUUUAAACCGAAAUCAAUCCUCUGCUCUGAUUCAGACAGUGAAGUUUUUCACCCCAGGAUAUGUGGUGUUGACAGGACACAGUACAGGGCGAUUCGGAUUUCUCCUAGGACUCACUUUCGCCCAAUUUCUGCCUCUGAGCUGUCCCCAGGAGGAGGAAGCGAGUCAGAGUUUGAAUCUGAGAAAGACGAAGCAAAUGUUCCCAUUCCUUCUCAAGUCGAUGCAUUUGAAGAUCCACAGGCAGAUCUCAAACCACUGGAAGAAGAUGCUGAGAAAGAAGGCCAUUACUAUGGAAAAUCAGAGCUCGAGUCUGGAAAAUUCCUUCCCAGGUUAAAAAAAUCCGGGAUGGAGAAGAGCGCUCAGACAUCACUGGAUUCCCAAGAGGAGUCCGCUGGGCUUCUGCCAGUAGGAAAGCAGAAUCAGUGUUUGGAAUGUAGCAUGAGUGAAUCUCUGGAAAUCAAUUUAGAAAGCUCAGAAGCAAAUUGUAAAAUAAUGGCACAAUGUGAGGAAGAAAUUAAUAAUUUUUGCAGUUGCAAAGCAGGUUGUCAGUUCCCUGCUUAUGAAGAUAAUCCAGUCUCUUCGGGACAGCUGGAGAAGUUUCCCGUAUUGGACACUGAUGUACAAGGAGUGAAUAGAAGUCAAGAAAAACAGACCUGGUGGGAAAAAGCCUUGUACUCUCCUCUUUUUCCUGCAUCAGAGUGUGAAGAAUGUUAUACAAAUGCCAAGGGAGAGAAUGAUAGAGAAGAAUAUCCAGAUGCUAAAGAAAUACCCAGUAAUGAAGAGCGUCUGUUAGAUUUUAAUGGGGUGUCUUCUGUUUAUGAAGCACGGUGUACAGGAGAGAGGAAUUCUGCAGCAAAAGUAAACGGCUCCCGCAGAAACAUGUGCUCCAGCGCCAGCUCGGACUCAGAAGGCACGGGCUCCGAGGGCGGCGGCCAGUGGGCGGACCCCGGCGAGGAGGCGCUCUUUUCUCGAACUCAUCUCUAAACCUGCAGAGUAGUACACGUUAUUUUUUAAAAACGAAAUGUGAUGGAAAUGUACCCUUUUGUGAGGCCUGUUAAUCUAAAACAACAACUUAGGUUUCUUCUCAAUUAACUGAUUCAGAUCAGUAAAUACCGUGCUCUUCUUGCUUAUUUUAGAGUUGAGGACAGCUAUCCUGUUGAAGAUUUUUUUCCAAGCUGUUAAAUUCUUGGCUAUUUGAAAUAGACUAGAUUGUGUUGUCAAAUCCAGAAUGGGUGUGCAUGUGCUUGUCUUAGAAGCAUCACUGCUUUUUGCAUCUUAACUGCAGUCAUUUCCCUUCUAACUGCAGUCAGCUCAC